AUGGAGUGCAAUACUACCACGUGGAGAAUACACAAUAUAAAAAAACAGACGAAAAGAGAAGCACUUCUGAAGGUAAUUAAAGAGAGCCUGGGGCACGAGAACUUUACUCUUUCCUUUCGAGACUAUAAAAGACUGGCUAUUUUAAUUACACCCGAAGAGACCCUGCCUGAUAUCAUAUUUAGGAACAAAGCACUUGACAUUAGAAAGCUGAAGAGGGAAGAAAAAGCGCUUAAAGACAUAGUCACUCCGCUGAACACAAUGUCAUAUGAAGAGCAGCUGGAGAAGAAGGCAAAGGAGGUUUCUGACUACUACUCAUUCCUGCAGUGCACAGAAGGGCAGAUUCAGAUGAUACAGUCGCCUGUUCAGAUGGGAUACAGGAACAAAUGCGAGUUCACUUUUGGAUUUUCAAACGAGGGCAAAGAAAUGCUUGGAUUUAGACCCACCAAGUUCACAUCAGCCCCAAACUUGGUUGCAGACCCAAGAGAGUGCGUGUUUAACACCUCUGAGGAAAUGCUGGCUGUGGUUGAAAAGAUCAAUGGGUAUUUGUCAGAUCGGUCAGGAUACGUUUUUAACAGAUUGACAAAAGGUGGGUUUCUGCGGCUUCUUGUUCUCCGAAGAAUAGGAGAGCAUUUUAUAAACAUUCUGCAGGUGAACUGUGAGACAAUGAAGGAGGCGCUAGAGAAUCCUCUUAUUAUGGAAUUUGCACAGACGCUUCCAGAGGACGUGUUUAUCUCCUGCUCUACAGGCGUAUUCGAUGGGAUUCUCAGAACUGCAGAUGUGCACCAGGUUAAGGGAGCACAAAAAGAGUACAAAGUGCACUUAAAUGGGUGUGUGUUCCAGGUGUUCCCACUUGGGUUUUUCCAGGUAAAUUCGUCUGUUGCAGAAAUACUCACUAAAACUCUCCAGGAUAGUAUACAGACAGAUACGCUGCUGGAUAUCUGCUGUGGGUCGGGGCUUCUUGGCAUAUGCAUAGCCAAGAAUACAGAGAAAAAGGUGAUUGGCUUGGAAAUAUCAGAGGAAUCAAUCAACGACGCAAAAAGAAAUGCAAAAGAAAACGGCGUGAACGCACAAUACUGCUGUGGGUCAGUUGAGAAGACCCUUCCGCAGGUUCUGAGCGAAAUCAAAGGAGGCGCGUCUGCAGUUAUUGAUCCGCCCAGAUCAGGAAUAUCAGAUAAACUUGUUAAAGCCAUUACAUCUAACCCAGAAAUAUCCGAAAUAUUCUAUGUAAGCUGCUCUUAUACAUCGGUUUUUAGUAACAUCAAGAAUAUAGCAGUGCACUAUGCGCUGCAGAAGAUUUACAUUCUGGACAUGUUCCCAUAUACAAAGGACGUAGAGUGUCUCUUCCACUUUGUAAGAAAAGAGACUUCUUCUGAAAAAGCACCAGAGACUGCAGAAAUGGAAAGAGUAGAAGAAACUGCAGAAAUAGAAAAAGCAGAAGAAGCAGCACCAUAG